AGUUCCCUUUGAGCGGGCAUAUCGAGUGAACCGAAACUUUUCAAGCUAUUUUCGGAGCUGCGUGCUGCAGCGAAAUGGCGCCCCUAAUAGCAGUACCAGCACUAAGUGCAACAGCAACAGCAACAGCAACAGCAGCAGCAGCAACAGCUGCACCAACAAUUGCUGCAACAGUAACAACUGUAGCAACAACAGCAGCAGCAUCAACAACUGCAGCAGCAGCAGCAACUAACAACAGCAGCAACAACUGCAGCAGCAGCAAUAACUGCAGCAGCAUCAACUGCAACAACAGCAGCAAUAACUGCAGCAGGAGCAACAACAGCAGCAGCAAUAACAACGACAACCCCGGCUAGCAUUGUGAUCAACUGGUACCCCACCAGCGCCCCUAGCACCAUUGGACCAUAUUGGAACAAUGGCUUCUAUUACGGCAAUGCAUUUUAUAUUGUGUGGGUGUUCGUCUUUUGCUUAUUGAUGCUACUCCUCGUCCCAAUGUCGGUAAUAAUGCGCAAGCGUAAGGAGAAUUUACGCAGACUAGCCAUGCAGAGGCAACGAGCACGGCAACAAAUGGAGAUUAGCGUUACCAACAAUAGCACAGCGAACACAGGCAACAACUGUGGCAAUGGCAACGGCAACGUUUGUAUUCAGGCCGACAACGAUAUAAACGACAUCCGUAUAUUACCCAAGGGCAUGGAUCUACCACCCAGUUACGAUGACCUUAGCAUCAACAGUAAUGUCAAGCAAGAGGGCAUCAUGGGGGCCUCCACACUGACAAUAGCCACUGAUUUGGAGUGCAGCAAUCCGAAUCUGGCAGUAGCUGUAAAUGAGCCACCACCAGAAUAUGAUCCGAGAUUCAUAGGUAGUGCAGCCCCACAAUCAACCACUGUAUCUACAACAACUGUUGUUUCGGUUACGCCAAGAAUCUAAUUUAACAGCACUCCUAUAUAUUUUACAACUAUGUAUAUUUAAUGAAAUGGAAAUAAAAAAAAAUGCACUUCCUUAAAUGGAAACUAUUGGAAA